AUGCACUCUCCGCCGGCCCAGCAGUCGUUCUUGGUGUACAUGUUUGUUGCCAAUACACAAUUCGUCCUAAGCCUUUUUGGAAGCGCUGUACUGCUGCUCAUGAUCCUGUUGAAAUACGUCCACUCGCGACGGAACCUCACGAGUUGGAACGUGCUCUACGGGAACCCGGAUAUGAACUCUUCGCUACCAAGCAGCAAUAACGGCGGUAGCAGCGUCAAGGCACGGUCCGUCUGGCUGGGCAGUGGCUCAAGCCGCGGUGGGCGAAGUCGAGCGUACAGCGGUGCUGGCACCAAUAAUACAUAUGACAGAUGGUUGGUGAUCCGACUGUCGAUCGCCUUCGCGGUGCUCUGUGUGUUUGAGUACACAAACGUGAUACCGCGCAUCGCCGCGGCAAGCCACACCAUCGACACCGCCGACAACUUGGAGCCCGACCUCAGCGUGAGACGAGCACGUUCCAGUAUCAGGGGAUACGUUGCCGGCGUGACACCAAGCCUAGUCGCCUUUCUCGUCUUCGGGACGACCAAGACUUUUCAAUGCAAAAUUCACGACACCUUUAUGCCAAAGGGAUUCUCGAGGCGGAAUAGGCAGAAACGGAACCUGUCCCUCUCUUUGAGAGACUCGGCCGCCGCGUCCCCGCCCCAUCCACCAGCUCGGCGCCCGCAGCAAGUAGACGAGUUCUCCCUCACCGACAUGAGCCCGAAGUUUCUUCAGAGCGACACCUACAACCCCCGGUUUCCGUCUGAUGGCAGCGUUAGUCCGAGGCUACCGUACGGAAACCAUGCAAGCCCUGGAUCGAGUCUCGGCACGUCGAGGGGUGUGCUCCCGCCUAGGGCUCACAUCAACCAUGCUGGACAGUUUCUGAGCCAGGGAGUCGGUGCGCCCUAUCCGCGGGCACCCAGCGCUAGUUCCAGUCCGAGUCUACAGUCAAAGUUUUCAGUGUACGGGCGCCCCGAAGCACGGGUCAUGGCUCCUCCUCGGACACCAUACGAGUAG